GUACACGUCACCGAGAGGUUGAUAUCGACCAAAACAAUCCUUUGACCGCGAAUAAAAAAUAAUAGCAUGUGUUAAGUGAACCCAUCGCUACGAUAAUGAAGGGUCGCCACCAAUUCCGACGCAGGUUCAGCUUGCAACCAUCUUUUAUGAAAGAUGACACAGAAGAGGAGAGGAAACCGCACAGGCCUGAAAAGGUGGAGCAUACAGUAUCUGGCAGCAACAGCAAUCUCACGAACAAUGCAGUACGCCAUAAAAUAGUCGUCAUGGGCGCUGCAAAAGUUGGCAAAUCAUCUCUUAUAUCCCAAUUUUUAUACGGAACCUUCUCCCCUAAGUAUAAGAGAACUAUAGAAGAAAUGCAUCAUGGUGAUUUCAACGUAUCUGGGGUCAGACUGACGUUAGAUAUUUUGGACACAUCUGGAGCGUACGAAUUCCCAGCCAUGCGAGCACUGUCUAUGCAGUCAGCUGACGCGUUUAUCCUAGUUUACGAUAUAACAGACUUAGAAAGUUUCGCGGAAGUUCGCGCCUUGAGAGAUCAAAUUCACGAGACUAAGGACAGCACAGCGGUACCCAUUGUUGUUGUGGGUAACAAAGUUGAUUUAGCUGAAGCUGGAGAGAGGCAGGUUGACUUUCACACGACGGAGUCGGUGGUGACUGUGGAUUGGGAAAAUGGGUUCGUAGAGGCGUCGGCGAAGGAUAACACAAAUGUCUCGCAAAUAUUCAAGGAGUUGUUGGUGCAAGCUAAGGUCAAGUAUAAUUUGUCGCCAGCUUUGAGGCGGCGGAGGCGACAGUCUUUGCCAACAGGACCUCAGGGCCCUCCGGGUUCAUCGACAAGCCCAUCGCCGUCCAACGCGCCUCAUGUCCCGUCGCCAGCCCAGCUCGCACAUUUGCAACAAAUACGCGAAAGACACGCUAACAGUAAACGUAAUUCAUGUUCAAUUUCUUAAUUCGUUCAUGAUACUAGGUGUGUAAGAUAUAACACUACUUGCUAAAACUUUUCCAAAAUGUUUAAUGUUGUGAUUUCAUGUCAAACAGUAAAGAGAACAUUUUUCAUACUCGUCAAUACGUUUUCGAUUGCCUGGACGCUGACAUAAUAUUUCUAUUUUUAAAAGUUUGGUUAAAAUAAUCAGAUGCUAUCGCUGCGAUCAUGUUUGCUAAUAGUUUAAUGGAAUUAAGCAAACGUUUGCCUUUCAUUAA